CUACAUGUUUACUAUGCUCUCGGUCUAUAACGAUCUAUUGGUAUUAUUUAAAAAAAAUCAGAAAAUUUUAUUUAUACAAUAUCUGUCUCACAUAUUAUACCUAUUAUUAGAAAAAAAAAUUUAUACAAUACAUACCCAUCUUAUGUAUUAUACCAAUCUAUUGUUAUUAUUAGAAAAAAAUUAAAAAAAAAAUUUAUUAACAAAUCUUUUAGUGGUGUAAUUACUCAUUAUUUAUGACUAUG